AUGGUAUCAGAGCUUGGUGUCUCAACUAAAAAGGCAGUCGACGAACUCGAUAGAGUGGUCGGAAAAGACAGACUUGUGCAAGAAAGUGACAUACCGAAACUCAACUACAUCAAAUCUUGUUGUCGAGAAUCUUACAGACUUCACGCUAUAGAGGACACAACCCUCGCAGGUUACUUUGUCCCCAAAGGCAGUCAUGUGAUGGUGAGUCGGGUCAACCUAGGUCGGAACCCUAAGACUAAGAUAUGGGAGGAUCCUGACGUCUUCAAGCCGGAGCGCCACAUCAGCGGGGAUGGGUGGUCAGAGGAGGUGAGUCUUAUGGAGCCUGAGAUGCGGUUCGUGACGUUCAGUACAGGUCGCCGAGGUUGCAUAGGUGUUAAGAUCGGGACAUACAUGAUGGUGAUGUUGUUGGCUAGGCUUCUCCAAGGGUUCACUUGGAGCCUCCCUCCGGAUCUGUGUCGGGUCGAGCUCGUGGAGUCGGUGACCAGUUUGCUCAUGGCUAGGCCUCUGGUUCUGUCCGCGGAACCGAGGUUAGCUCCGCAUAUGUACCCGCAAUUUCGCAGCUGA